AUUUUUCAAAGUUUUUCAUUUUUUUUUUUUAUUAAAAAAAACGUCAAAAUUUGUUUUUAUUAAAAUAUAAAAAUAAUCUUAUUAUAUAUAUUUAUAAAAUAAUGGAUAACACCGCUACAUUGGAUAUCCAGAAAUCUCAAAAUUCAAAAUUUAUUUUUCCUUCUCAACAACCUCAAAUUUAUGGUGAACAGGCUUUAGAUAGAUAUCCCUAUAUUAAUAGUAAUAAUCAUCUUAUCGGUAGUAAUAAUCUGGAAACACUUUUAAAUGCUGCCAUUGAAGUUGCUCCAACCGGUUUAGCACCUCAAAAACGUAAUUUUCCAAAUCAUUUUGUGGAAAGAAAUAAUGAAAAUCAAUCAUUAUUAAACUUGAACCGUCGUAACUCUUCGGUUUCACAUGAAAAACAUUCAAAUCAACUUUCUUAUCACGAAGAAAAUCAAAAAAUUAAUAAUAAUAUUCAAGAACAUACUACUUCUUCUUAUCAUCCAAAUCGUUUACUUCCUCCUCCUAUUACUAAUUCACCACGUAAAAUUGAUUCAAAUGGUGUUUUAACUCCUGCUGCUAUGUCAAUUUCUUCUUUAAUUGAUUUAGAACAACCAAUGCAAUUAUCUACACCUUUAACACCUCCAGAUACUACUUUAAAUAUGUUUCCUGGUCUUUCAACUAGUCCAACAAAAAAUUCUCCUAUUUCUUCACCUGUUCCUUUAACUUCUUCUUCUUCUAUGGUUCCAUCUGCUCCAAUGUCUGUACCUUCAACUUCUGAUUCAAUUCCAUUCCCUCGUUUACAACCUUCUCCACCAAGUAAUAUUUUCUUAAAUUCUUUUCCACUUCCAAGUGUUAAUCAAGCUAUUGGUGAUGUUGAUCGUUCUCGUAAUUCACCUCCUCCUUUAAUUUCAAAUUCAAAUAAAAGAAAAUGGGAUACAACUGAUAAUAAAUCUAUAAUUGGUGGUAGUCCUUAUAUAGAAGAUUCAAAAUCUUUUUCAAAAAUACAUCGUUCAAUUGAUGAUUAUAAAAUUAAUGAACCUAUACAACCAAUGUUAUCUUCUCCUUCUCCUUCUCCAAGACUUCAAGAUGGACAAUAUCAUCAAAUUGAUGGUAAUAAUAAUUCAAAUUCAUAUCAAAUGACUACUAUAACUUGUCAACAUGCUUCAGUUGCACAAAAAUCAUAUGGAAGUGAGAAAAGAUUUUUAUGUCCACCACCUGUAGUUUAUAUUGAUAGACCAAAUUGUAGAAAUUUUGUUGGAAAACCUGAAAUUUCUAUGUCAGUUGUAUGUGAAAAUGGUGAACGUUCAUUAGAACAAAAAACAUUAAUUGAUGAAAAUAUGAAAGGAACCUUUAAAUAUUUACAUGUUAGUGGAACAGCUAAAGCAAAAUAUUUUGAACUUAAAUUAAAAAUUUUUAAGCAAAAUUCAACUAUUCCAUAUGCAGUAUUCGAUUCAUCACCUGUUACUAUUAUAUCAAAACCUUCAAAGAAAACUGCUAAAGCAAGGAAUGUUUCAUCUUGUAUAUUAUCUGGAUCUCAAGUUUCUCUUUUUAAUCGUAUAAAUUCACAAACAGUACGAACUAAAUAUAUGGGUAUUGAAGGAAAUCAAUUAUGCGCUAAAAAUUCUUCAUGGUCACCAUUUGUUAUUACAGUUAUGAGUAAUGAUAAUAAUAAUAAUAAUAUAAAUAAUCAUAAUGGAUUAAAUUCUUUUACUUCAACAAGUAUAUUACCAAAAAUGACACCACCAUCUCCUUCAUCAUGUUUAAAUAAUACUAUACAAGUAACAUAUGGUUCAGAAGUUGUUUUAAGUGAUCCAACUACAGGUUUUCAAUCUGAACGAUUGAUUAUACGUAAAGUUGAAAAAGGUCGUAUUACACAAGGAGCUUGUGGGCCUGUUAGUCAAAUGCAAAAAAUCGCUUUACAAUGUGCUCGAUCAAAUAAUAGGAGAGAAUCUCUUUAUCUUAGUGCGGCAGGACCUAUAACGAUGGAUAGUCCACAUUCACAAGAUCAAUGUACUGUUAGUGGUGCAUCACCUUACCUUGGAUAUCAAUCUUCUCGUGUUGUUCAUAUGCAAAAUGUGGAAUUUACUAAAGAACCAUUUAGAAUGGUUAAUAUGCAAAACAUUCCAUGUACCACAAAAAGUGAUACAGUUAUUGCUCCAACUACUGUUGAAGAAGUAGAUGACUAUUUAUGUUGGACGAUUGUUGGAAUUUCUAAAUUUCAAUAUACAUUUUAUGAACAAUUGCCGUCUGCAUCAACUCCAAGUACACCUCUUUCUCAAUAAGAUAUUAUGAAAUUUGAAAUUUAUAUGGAAUAUUGUUUUAUUUUUUACUUUUUUUUGUAUAUAGCCAACCAUAAAAAUAUUUUUCAUAUGUACAUACAAAUAUAUAUAUAUAUAUGUUAAUUAUAUGUAGAGUUAUCAGAUAUUUCUUUUUUUCUUUUUUGUACAGAUAAACUAAGAUUUUUUUUUUUUUUUUGUGAAUCCUCAAAAAAAAAUUAUAUAUAUACAUUUCUAUAUCUUCUAUCUUAAACCUCUUAAAACC